UUUGAUGUUGCUUCUGCUUCUUUUGGUAAAGUGAUCACAAGGUGUUCGUUAUAAUACCCGAGGGAGUUUCCACAGGUUUCUGAUUCGUCCUCGGUUUGACUGAGUUCGACUUUCCAGGAUGAAGAUGAUGAUCUUGGAUGUAUGCAAUGAGAUUCUAAAGAUCCAGAAGUUACGACGGGUCGUCUCUUACGCUGGAUUCUACUGCUUCACUGCCGCUCUUACAUUCUUCUAUACAAACAACACGACAAGAGCAGGAUUCUCAAGGGGAGAUCAGUUUUAUGCAUCUUACCCUGCCGGUACCGAACUUUUGACCGACACAGCUAAGUUGUACAAAGCGGCGCUUGGGAAUUGCUAUGAAUCUGAGGAUUGGGGUCCUGUCGAGUUCUGUAUAAUGGCUAAGCAUUUUGAGCGCCAGGGAAAAUCUCCAUAUGUUUACCACUCGCAAUACAUGGCUCACCUUCUUUCUCAAGGUCAACUCGAUGGAACUGGCUAGAGCGUCACUAAUAAAAACACUCAUUUUUGUUGCACCAACACAUGGCUAAUCUUGUUAUUGCAGAGUCGAACUCUUUUUUUCCUCAUUUGUAUAAAUCUGACUGUUUAGUUUACCACCACGAGAGAUAAUAACAAUGUCUUGGUGUAUAGAGCAUGAAACGUACGCGCCAAUGUAAUAAGCACACAUAUGACCAGGCCUUGAUAUUUUGUACAAUGCAAAAUGCUAGGGAGCACUUUGAUUA